UGUACCAGUCCCUCUCCUUUCAACGGUCUGUCCUGCUCUGGACCAAGUAGAGAAACUAAAGAAUGUCCAGUAGUACCAGACAUUAACAUCACUGAAUGUGCAAGUGCAAUGGGUAUGGAAUCAAGAGCAAUAAAAGACAAUCAGAUUACAUCCUCGUCAUUUUUCAAAACUAAAAAUAAUACCAGAAACUCAGCAAAAAAUGGCCGGCUUAACAAGAAAUAUGACAAUCAUGGUAUUGGUGGAUGGGCUGCAGGUUCCAGGAAGACUGGGGAAUACAUCCAAGUCGACCUUGGCUCCAUCAAUGUCAUCACCAUGGUAGCAACACAAGGAAGAUAUUGCUGCCACAAUCAUUGGGUCACCAAGUAUUCGUUGUCGUAUAGUGAUGAURGCACGAACUGGAAACACUACCAAGGGGACUGUAUCAAGGUUUUUCCAGGUAACACGGAUAAAAACACCAUUGUGACGAACAAGCUUGAAAUGCCAAUGAGAGCCAGAUAUAUUCGACUUAUCGUGAAAGGAUUCAGAGGAUGGCCCACAAUGAGAAUGGAGCUUUAUGGUUGUACUAAUCUAUACUAGCGUUGACCUUAGGACUGUAUGGUGUUUUAUGCAGCAAGCGCGAUAACACACUAUUUAUGCUAAUGGUCUAAGUUUAUAAUUUAACCUCGCUUUCUAUUUGUCAGAACCGACUGGUCAUAUCAUUAAAAAUUUCAUUAUGCUAUCAAUUAUAU